AUGGAUGAGGGCGCGGAUACCAAAGGCCCGCGCCGCAAACGAGUCUCGCGCGCCUGCGAUCGCUGUCGCACCAAAAAAGACAAAUGCGACGGUGCACGCCCAACAUGUUCGGCUUGCCAGGCCACCGGCCAGACGUGCUCCUACGAUCCGAAUGCAAGAAAACGCGGUUUGCCUGAAGGAUACGUGCGCGGCCUGGAAAAGUUAUGGGCUCUGUCGAUAUGUAAUAUUGAAGGGUUUGAGGAGACGAUGUUGACCUUGCUGGGUGCGACGGAUCGCUCGAGAGGCCGCAGAGACCGGCUGAUGCAGCUAUGGGCGGACGAAAGUUCCUCAGACAGCCUACACGAAGCGUGGAAAUCUAGUCGGCUUUGGGGUGCAUUGGAAAAGAUGCUGUCACCGGGAGACCUGGACACACAGUCGCCGGUAAAGCGACCACGAGAGGAAGAAGGUUAUAGCUCGUAUUUGGGUGCGUCCAGUCAAUGGGGAUUUCGUGUCGGCCGUGGCCAGCAUCUUGGUACUGCAGCAGCAGGUCCUAAAGUCGUUGAUCCAUCUUCUCCAGCCGCGAAGAAACCCAGAUUAUCAUCAACCACAGAUGUCAACUCGCCGACGACUCCAGGAAGAUUGAAUGCUAGUCAAAAUCUACCGUUCCCCGCGCAUGCCUCCGGGUUGGUUGAAACAUAUUUUUCGCAGACUCACCCAUGGUUUCCAAUCAUACCGAAACACAACAUCCUCCGAGCGUCCUACAUGUACGCCAACGGCGCGAAUCAAUCAGGAAACACCCCGACAAGUUCAGGAGACCAUGCUGCUCUUUGGGCCAUCUUGAGCUACACAACUGGCCAGGAAAAUUCGGGUCUCAACACACAUGAUGCGUUUGUCCAUGACCCGCUCGCCCAAUCCAGAGAAUACUACCACAUGGCGCGGAGUUUGAUACCAUCAGAAAAGGAGCGCUUCGACCUUGGCCAUGUACAAGCACUGCUGCUGUUGACUUUAGUCAAUGUUGGAUUCGAGGAUUGGACUGCGGCAUGGUUGCUGAGUGGCCAAGCUGCACGAAUGGCAGAAGCAAUGGAAUUGUCUAAACCUUUGGAUUCCCGCAGGUCGGACGAAACACGCCAAAGGAAAGCAGUGUAUAUGGGAUGCUUUGUUAUAGACUCAAUUCUUUCUGUCCGUCUUUCUCGAUCGCCAUGCCUGCGGUCAAACGAUUCAGAUACAGUAGGACCACUUGACGAAGAUGGUCUCGAAGAGUGGAACUCUUGGGUCGAUGUGUUGCCUUCUCGCGCUGCAUUUGAGAGCAGGAAUGCGCCUCGGCGAGGGCCUCUACUGGCUCUCAGCUGCUUUAAUCGAUUAUAUUCGCUUACUGGUGUUUUGAAUAAGAUCGCCUGGGAUUUUCCGCAAACAACGAACGCUCAGGUUUUCAUACAGAAAAUCCUUAUUGACCUGAAAUCGCUUGAUGACCGGCUUCCUGCACAGUGCCGGCUAAUCAAUCCUGAAAGUGAUGAAGUUCAGAACCGGUCGCCUCUGCUUCUUCAUCAGAGCUACUUUCAUUUGACAUAUACGGCUACGCUGCUGUUUCUCUACACGAGACAAUUAAGUCAAGGCCACUUCAUACAGGGAGCCAAUCACACUGCCAUUGAUGGGAUUGAGAAGAUACUGUACCGAGCGUUGGACGUGUUGUCGCAUCAUGUGGAGAAUUUUCAAACAUGUGGAAUCCCGCCGCUACUCGAGUUUCCUCUGCGAUCGAUCCUCGAGUCUGUUUCGUCAGUGCGGUCGAAAUUAGAGCCGUCAGGCUUUCCGGUGUCCAAGUGGAUCACUAUCUUUUCUCGGAAGCUCAAUGACAUGUCUUCGCCGUGGCCUGUAUUCAGGACUCUUAGCGAGAGCAUCGGAUCUCUCCUAAUCCACCAACCAGAGUCUUACGCCCCAUCCCAAACUUCGGCUGGUAUCGAUAUUAGUGGAUGCUACGACUCUCAGACUGAACCCAAGACCAAGCAUACUAUUACAGAUGGCGGACACGGACGGGCUGCUAUUGCGCAAGCCUCGGGCUUUAGCCCGAAUGUGCCCAAACGAUUCCCCUUACAGACGGAAAUGUACAGAUCAGCACCAGAGUCCAGUACGAAUGACAUACGUAUACCAUCUGGGAUGGAAACUGGCAAUCAAGAACAAAGAGCCGCUCAUAUCUUAGACGAGCUCAUGGGAGGCCGUAACGCACCACCAACUGCAGACUCGAACACUCUGGGGCAAAUUCUGAACCAACGGCAACAACCCCAGAGUCAGGCUGGCUCGACUCCCGACUCGGCGAUACUAUCACAGCACAAUCUUGCCUCUGUAGGCUUUAACAUCGGCCAACAAGCUAGUAGAACCUACAUGACCGAUGAAGCCUCCUCAUCCCCCAACGACCUAGACUCUAUAUUCAAAGACCUAGCAUAUAUAGAUACAACAGACUGGGCCAACAGCCGACAAGAAGAGCUCCGAGAGUUUGGUUUCAUGGACGAUAACACAUUUCAAGCAUUUUGCCACGAUCCAGAUCGACUCGUAGGAUCAAGGCCUUUGGUCCUGCCGACUGCCAUGUCGAUUGCGGAUAUUUGGCCGCCGCCAGGGUUUUUUCCAGAGACGUUUCAAGUUGGUCAGAAGAAUGAUCGGAGUUGA